UCUGUAUCCUGUCCUGUGCAGUAUGUCAUAUUAGUCUUCUUGCUCUUCUGAGCUCGAAGAAGAAAUGCACGGGUUUUUAUAAAUUGCUAGAUUGUGCUAAAAGAAAUGUGAUUAAACAGUGUUUCAUUAUGUACAAUUGAUCAAAAUGUAUCGAAAAAUAGUGUUGUGUUACAUUUUUGUAUUGACUUUAUUGGAUAUAUCUCUGAAGACCAGACUGACAGCCCAGGGAAAGAGUCAUGGAAUAACAGUUCAUGAUAGCAUAAUUGAAGGGCUAUCAUUUCAGGAAUGGGGUAAAGAUUCAGUGUCGGAGGGCGGACCGGGCGCGGGGGCGGCGGGCGCGGUGUCUGCGGAGGCGCUGCGGCUGUCGCCGGCGGCGCUGCGGUUCGGUCGGGCGCCGCUGGCGGCCGCGCACGCGCUCACCGUCACGCUCACCAACACCGCCAACACCACCAUGCACCUCGCCUCCGUCGCCGGCACCACGCCUGACUUCCACGCGUCAUUCUUCGAGUCCAAGACGCUGGCGCCGCAAGCUAACACCACAUUCAGCGUGGUGUACCUGGGCCGGCACGAGGGGCCCGUGUCAGCACAUCUCUACAUACACACCUCGCUCGGAGUGCACAAGUAUCCUGUGUCGGCGGAGGGCGUGGCCAGCGAGUGGGAGGUGUGGCCGCUGAUCGGGGUUCGAGUGCCGCUCAACGCCACCGUAGACCCGCUGCUCACCAUGUACAAUCCCACCGAUCAAUCUAUACAGGUGAGCGAGGUGUACUCGUCGGGCGCGUGGGUGUCGCUGGAGCUGCCGGCCGCCGCCGCCUCCGCGCCGCGCGACCACUGGCUGCUGCCGCCGCGCCAGCACCGCGCGCUCGUGCGGCUGCGGCUGCGGCCUCACCUGCACCGCCACCACCACCACCACCACCACCGGCACCACCACCACCUGCAGCCGCUCACCGCCUACGUCAGGAUCAAGGCGAACAUGACCGGUGGCGGCCUGGUGGUGGCCGUGGAGGCGCGCCCCACGCCGCCCGGGGAGUACCUGCGGCCGCUGCAGCUCAGGCUGCGCGUGCGCGGCGCCGGAGACCCCCCGCACACGUGGGAGGUGGAGGCGGGCAACAGCGCGGCGGAGGCGGUGCGGGCGGCGGCGCGGGUGUGGGGGGCGCGCUGCGGGCCGCACCCCCCGCCCCUCCCCACGCCGCCAACGGGGCCGCCGCCAACGGUAACCCUCACCGACCUCACUCACACCCCACACACCUCGUGUGCGGGCCGCACCCCCCGCCCCUCCCGCGGGACCCCGCCGACCCCGCCGACCCCGACCACGCCGCCAACGGGGCCGCCGCCAACGGUAACCCUCACCGACCUGACUCACACCCCACACACCUCGUGUGCGGGCCGCACCCCCCCGCCCCUCCCGCGGGACCCCGCCGACCCCGCCGACCCCGACCACGCCGCCAACGGGGCCGCCGCCAACGGUAACCCUCACCGACCUCACUCACACCCCACACACCUCGUGUGCGGGCCGCACCCCCCGCCCCGCCCGCGGGACCCCGCCGACCCCGCCGACCCCGACCACGCCGCCAACGGGGCCGCCGCCAACGGUAACCCUCACCGCCCUGACUCACACCCCACACACCUCGUGUGCGGGCCGCACCCCCCGCCCCUCCCGCGGGACCCCGCCGACCCCGCCGACCCCGACCACGCCGCCACGCCCACACACCUGACUCACACCCCACACACCUCGUGUGCGGGCCGCACCCCCCGCCCCUCCCGCGGGACCCCGCCGACCCCGCCGACCCCGACCACGCCGCCAACGGGGCCGCCGCCAACGGUAACCCUCACCGACCUCACUCACACCCCACACACCUCGUGUGCGGGCCGCACCCCCCGCCCCUCCCGCGGGACCCCGCCGACCCCGCCGACCCCGACCACGCCGCCAACGGGGCCGCCGCCAACGGUAACCCUCACCGACCUGACUCACACCCCACACACCUCGUGUGCGGGCCGCACCCCCCGCCCCUCCCGCGGGACCCCGCCGACCCCGCCGACCCCGACCACGCCGCCAACGGGGCCGCCGCCAACGGUAACCCUCACCGACCUCACUCACACCCCACACACCUCGUGUGCGGGCCGCACCCCCGCCCCUCCCGCGGGACCCCGCCGACCCCGCCGACCCCGACCACGCCGCCAACGGGGCCGCCGCCAACGCCCCACACACCUCGUGUGCGGGCCGCACCCCCCGCCCCUCCCGCGGGACCCCGCCGACCCCGCCGACCCCGACCACGCCGCCAACGGGGCCGCCGCCAACGGUGAGAGUGCCGGCGCGAGCAGCGGGGGUCCCGGCGCCACGGUGUCCGCAGUGCGCGGCGAGCUGGCGCCGCACGCGCAGCCCGAGCACGCAGCCACGCUCACGCUCAACUUUUCUCGAUUGUGGGAAAGCUACUUAGAGGAACCAGAGGCGCUGAUGGAGAAAGAAAAAGCCGUUCCUGGCGCGUGGUGCUGGGGCUGGGUGCGGCUGGGCCGCGCCGCCCUGCCCUACACCGUGCACGUGCUGCCCGGCACCAUGCGCGCCGAGCCCGCACAGAUGCAUUUUAUAUUGGAGAAGGAGGAGGACUUAUAUAAGGAGCGUGAGCUGCGGUUCCACAACGAGUUUCCCGUCGCGGUGGACAUCAUCGACAUAGAGUACGAGCCCGAAUUGCUCAAAUACUUCCACAAGCCGCAGUGGAAGGGCACGUCGGUGGAGGCCGGCGGCGUGGUGCGCGUGGCGCUGAGAGUACGCGCCCCGGCCGCGCCCGCAAACCUCACACUCGCGCUGCGGACCGCCGCCGCGCGGUAUCAGGUGCCGCUACACAUCUACAGUGGCGCUUUUCGUCUGGAGUGGGAGUGGCCGAACUCUAGCGGCGCGCUGCGCGUGGGCGCGGUGAGCACGCGGUCGACGCGGCGCGUGUGGCUGCGGCUGCACAACGCCGGGCCCGCGGCGCUGUGCGCGGAGGAGCUGCGCGCGCAGCUGGCGGGCGCGGUGCUGUCGCUGGCCGGGUGUCCUACGGUCGCGGCGGCGCGGCACGCGUGCCGGUGCGUGCGGGCGGGCGGCGCGGCGCGCGCGGCGCUGCGGGUGUCCGCGCCGGCGCGCGCGCGGUGCGUGCGCGGCGCGGUGUGGGUGCGCUCGCAGCACGCACGCGCACGCUCCGCAGUCUCGCUGCGCGCGCUGCCCGGCGCCGUACACGCCGUGCCGCUGCGGCUCGCCAACGUCGCACCGUACACGCUGUCGUCGGCGCCGCUGGUGCUGGAUAACACGAUGCCGAUAACGAUGCACGUCGUCAACAUAACGCAGGACGUACCCGACCCGGCAAUUAUAUUUAUGUCCGAGGGCGGUAGUGUGGUGCGCGGCGGACGAUGCACGGUCGGCAGCGUGCGGUACGCGGCCGAGCUGCACUGCGAGCCGCACUGCUGGGCCGGCCUCCCCCCGGGACACCCCGACGGGUCCGCGUGGUGGGGGCGCGCUGCGACGGCUGCGGGGGCGGCGGGGGCUGCGGGGGCGGCGGGGGCGCUGUCGGCCGACGCCGCGCUGGCGGGCGGCCGUCGCGAGCUGUUCGCGCUGCACGCGCACACCGUCAUCAACAUCUCCUUCUACCUGCACACCGACCACGUGGUGCAGAUCCCGGUGACGGGCUCGGUGCGGAUGCACUGGCCGCAGCUCACGCCCGACACGGAGCCCCCCGCCGCGCUGGCGGGCGUCGGCGGUGAGACGACCGUACGGGUGCGGGUUCGGAACCCGGGCACGCGGCCGAUGCUGCUGCAGCCCGUGCUCGCCGCGCCGCUGCCGCGCGACCUGCUGCAACACGCCUGCCCGCGGUGGAGCGAGUUGGAGGCGGCGUGCAGUAGCGAGGGCUGCGAGUGGGAGCGCGAGGCGUUCUCCCUGCGCGAGUGGCGGGCCGUGCGGGGCCGCGUGCGGGCCUGGCCCGGGGACGGGCCCGAGGCCGGCCCGGGCCCCGGGACUGACACCGGGCCCGGCCCAGGGCCGGCGCCGGGCAUGCUGCUGCUGUCGCCGAGCGCCGAGCUCGAGCUCGACGUCGUGUUCAAGCCCACGCGCGCCGCCACGCUCGCCACCUGGCUCUAUCUCAGGAACAACCUGACUAUAUUGGAGAGCACGGUGGUGCGGGGGCGCGGGGUGCACCCCACCUUCGAGCUGGACGGACGCGCGCCCGACACUGACGACCCGCUCCUGUUCGAGGUGAGCGAGUGUCCGGAGGAGGGCGCGGAGGUGGUGCGCACGGUGGUGGCGCGCAACACGGGGCCCGUGCCCGUGCGGCUGCGGGACUGGCGGCUGGCCGGCCGCGGCUGCCGCGCGCGCGGCUUCCGGCUGCAGCCCUGCGCGCCCCUCACGCUCGCGCCCAACCGCUCGCGCACGCUGCGGCUCGCCUUCGCGCCCGACUACACGCUGGCGCGCGUGCCCUGCGCGCUGCACGUGCGCACCGACCUCGGCCGGCGGCGGUUCGCGCUGCUGGCCGCCGCCCCCGCCCGCCUGCUGCCCGCCUGCGCCGCCGCCGCCCCGCGCCCGCCCUUCGACUCCGGCCUGCGCGCCGCCGGCACGCUGCUGGCGCUGCUCGCGCUCGCGCUCGUGCUCGCCGCCGCCGCGCUCGACGCCGAGCGCGAGCUGAGGCGCGCGCGCGCCGCCCGCCCCGCGCCCCCCGCCGCGCGCGCGCCGCUCGACCUGCGCGCGCACCGCGACAUGCGCGACCAGCUGCAGCGCGCGCGCGUCGCCGCCGCGCCGCCGCCGCGCGCGCGCAAGCGCCGCCCCGCACGGCGCGCGCCGCACGACGCGCUCGCCGAGCGCCGCGCCUUCGAGCGCUGGCGCGUCGAGGUGCUGCGCCGCGCGCUCGGCGACGACCGCCUCGAGCCCGACCGGCGCCCCGACCGCGCCGCGGACGGCUCCCCCGCCGAGCCGGAGGACUUCGAGUCGCCGCGGGACCGGGACCGCGGCGUCGACGACCGCGACUACGACGCGACCUUCACCGGCUCCGACGACUCCACGCCCAGCGAGGAGCGCGACGACCCCGACGACGAGCGCGACGACGCCGAGGACGAGUCGACCCCGACGCCGACUCCCGUCGACGAGAUCGAGAAGAGCCGCAGGACGGCGGGCGCGCGCGCGGCGGCCGGGGCCGAGGCGGAGCCGGCGGCGCGGGGGCGCGGGCGGCGCGCGGGCAGCCCGGCGCGGCGCGCGCGCGCGGGGGCCGCGGAGGCGGAGGAGCGGCCGGCGCGGCGGCGCGGCGCGGAGCGGGCGGCCGCCCCGCCCCCCGCGCCCGCCCCCGACGCGCGCGGCCCGGCCACGCUGCGGCGCGGCGCCACGUGGAGCUCGGUGGUGGCGGAGGGCCCGGCGGCGGCGCCGCUGGCCCCCAUCGGCUCGGACGUGCGGCGCCGCGCGGAGCCGGCCCGGGCCCCCGCCGCGCACUCCCUGUUCUACUUCAACGAGUCCCCGGAGCCCCCCUACGGGUGGCGCGCGCCGCCCGCAGACUGCGCCCCGUUCUCCACGACGCCCGCCUUCGGAGAGCGGACGGAGCAGGGCGCUGGGGGCGCGGGGGGCGCCGGGGGCGUCGGGGGCGUAGGGGGCGCGGCGUACGGGGCCGGCUCGGUGUGGGGCGCGCCCGAGCCGCAGCCGUGGCAGUGGGACGCGGAGGAGGCCGGGGACGCGCUGCGGCCGCCGCCCGGGUUCGGGGCGGCCCCGCGGCCCGCGCGCGCCUUCGACCCGUUCCAGUCGCUGGCCUGCAUCUGGGGCCCCGGCCGCGACUGGCGCCUGCCGCCCGACGACACGGAGCCGCGCUGAGC